UAAUUUUUUUUUAAGUGUUUACAUAUAUUUCGAAGGUCUUUUCAUAUUAUUUGUUAAUUUGACCAAACAUAUAUGAAAACAGAAUGAAAGACGACGAAGCAUUUAAUGUGAUGUUUGUGUUAGUGAUUGAAAAACAUGAGGUUCUUUAUAAUUAUAAGUUGGAGAAGUAUUCUAAUAGAAACGCCAAGGAAUCAGCAUGGCAGCAGGUGGCUAUUGAAGUAAAAUAUACAGUUGAGGAAUGUAAAAAGAGGUGGAGCAUGUUACGAAUUAGUCUCCUAAGACAUCUAAGAGAAAACAAGAAAGUAAAUGGCAGUUCUGGAAAAAAGAAGAAACCAUUCUAUUUAGAAGAUGCAAUGAAGUAUUUGAUACCAUAUACGAAAAGCCGACAUCAAACUGGAAAUGCGGAGUCUGAUGAAGACGAGGUAUGUGAUAAUCAUUCGCAAACAGUCAAGCCUAUGGCAAUGAAGAAGAAAGUGUAGAUAGUUCAAAUAUUGAAAACAAUGAUAUUGAAAAAGAAGUGAAUGAAAUAGGCACUUCACACGCAGAAACGCAAAAUUGAAAGUACUCAAAACUGGGAAAAUUCAGCUGUAAAAUAUCUUAAUGCCUUGAGUAAUAAAUAUUAUGUAUAUAUAGAAAAGAAAGAAUUAUCCGUCGAAGAAGACGCCGACUUACUUUUCCUGAAAAGCUUACUCCCUGAUUUAAAAAAAUUAAAUGAUGCUCAAAAGAGACAGUUUAAAAAACGAAUUUUUGUUCUUUAUGAUGACAUCUUAAAUGAAGACUGUGCGCAUAGUACUGUACAUAUACUUUUUUAAUCCCCCUAUUUUUCUGCAGUAUCAGUAUCUUCUUAUGACAGCAACAUACAAUAUUCAACUGAUAAUGGAAAGCAAUAUGCGGACCUUGUUAAUGCAACUGUUUUUCAAUAAAAUAAUAUUUUGAAUUUUGUAACCUGCUUAUAUUAAAAUAUAUGUUUAAUUU